CGCUCGCACGCGAUCCACCGAGACGCGAUGGCCGGUGCGUGUCGGUGGCCUCACGCUGCAAUGAACACAGUCACUGUGCACGCUCCGGACGCGCUUGUGCUCGGCGUCUAAGUGCACGCCACUUCCUUUCUGAGCCGUGCUUAUUCCUCACUCGCCCUCAGCGCUACACGACGAUGGCCGUCGGUCUGCAGCACUCGAGCCGACCACGCCGCUUCUCGCAACCAAGCACGCUGUCAUGACCGCCAUCGACUUGCUCCCAGCGAGACCUCUUGCCAACACUGCGAAUACGACCUGGUAGGACCCUUUACGCGUGGGCUGGCUUUUCCCACCUCUUUUUUCUCCCAGAACCGCAAUUGCCUCGCAUGGCCGACGCGACGCCAGCGUAUCAGGGCUACCUUCGGACGCUGGCGACGCUCGCUCGAAGCGAGACCCCGUGCGUGGUUGGCGUCGUCGCUGCCGUGCACCGAGGCCUCGUGGCCGUCGAGCGCCUUAGCAAUCGGACGUACGAGCGCAUUGGCUGGCCGCUCUCAUCGUCGCAAGCGACCAGGCUCCUCGUGCACGACGGCGCGAUCGUGCCCAUUGCGCUGCAUUGCACCGACACGCUGCUUCGCCCACCGCGCCGCGUCGUGCUGCGCAUGUCGCAUCUCGUGCUCACGCGCGCCGGCGGCGACGUUGGUCCGUACCUUCCGACUCGAUCGCCGCCGCAAGGCGUCUUUGGCUACGUGGUCUUGCUGCUGCCAACGUCGGCGACCGGUGGCACUUUGACGCUGACGCCGACGAGCACGCUCCUGCGAUGGCGCCAGGGCCAGGACGGGGCGAUCCUCGGGACCUUCCACGACGCCGAGCACGCUACGUUCGACAGUGUCCAGACAGGCUACCGCAUUGCGCUGGUCUACGCCAUCGUGUACACAGAGCAUGUUUCUCGCCUCAAUCUGCUCGAGCAACUGCCUGUCUGGGCAUCGCAGCUGCAGGCGACCGCGACGACGUACGCGUGGCACUGGCGACGCACGUACACGGACCUGGAGUUUAGCGUUUUGGCGCCGCCCGACAUGCGGGUCGUCGCUGCGCUCGUGGGCAGCAACUGCUUUGACGUGGCUUUUGCUCGCAUCCUCUGGAGCCAGCGCGACGCUCUGUGGAUCGUGGUCAAGGCCGUAUUGCAUCCCGAGAGCCAGCUGCUCGCCAGCGUCUACUUGGCCGGCCAGGCGCUUCCUGCCGUUCUCAACGCGACGCCGACGCCGCCAGACGAUGGCGCCAUCACGACGUGCCUCGUGUUUUGGUCGCGCCUGCACCGCCACCGGCUUCCCGGCUUUCGCCGCACACUAACCCAGCUCGAGCGCGUCUUGCAACAUGGGCUUGGUGCGUGUGCGACGCACCUCGUCACGAGCUUGAUCGACAUGCUCUUUGACGCAAGCGCGCUGCCCGCGCAUCGGUACCUGGAUGUGCCCGACGCCGUCCAACUCGGUCGCGUCCUCACACAGUAUCGGCGCGUGGUGCUGCUUCAGCUCUUGGUCGUCAGCUACGUCCCGGUCGCGGUGACACGCUCGCAGCUUGGACGCUUCCUGCACUGGCUCCCAACGGCCAUCACAGAGGUCGGCUGCGAUCCGUUGGCAUCUGCGCUACUGCAGCUCGUGGACGAACAAACGUGUACGUGGUGCGUGGUCUCGGAUGUCUUGUCAUUUCUUGUCGAUCUCAUGCAACUCUCGGAGCGCUCAGAGACGGGCGACUUUGUCAAGAUGGGGUACCAACGGCUGCUGCCACAGCUGCUGCUGUGUCACGACGCGCCGUCGACGCCGACGGCCAGUCGCCGCAUCGUGUCGGCGCUGCUUUGCUUGGAGAACUUUGCCGUCGCACGCACCGAGGCGGACGUCCGCGGGCGGCUCGCACGCCUUCCCAGCAGCGUCCUCGGGACCAUUGAUACGUACUUGCAGCCGAGCUUGAUGAGCGUGCUCGCUGCCAGAGCCGACGUGUGGGACCCUAUGUCGGUCGUCGCUCCCGUGCUCGUGACGCUUCUCGAUGCGCUGCCGGCGCUGCAUGUGCCCACGUACGUGGCCUACGUUCUCGAUGCAUUUGACGCUCGGCCGCCGGCCUUCAACGCCACCGGUCUUGGCUCGAUUUUUGCUCUGAGUCCAAGCCGAUUCGAGCGCUGCGUCGAGCGGUACAUGGGCGCAUUCGACUCGGACAUCGCGCUCGCCAGCGUCAAGUAUCUGCAACGUAUCGAGACUGUCCCGCCACUGGUCCACUCGUGCCUGUUGACGUCGGCCAUGCUCGUGCUGGCGCAGGUGCGGCGGUUGGCGGCCGGCGAGCACCCGAUCCCCGCGGUGCUUCCUGCAGCCGUCGAGAUGCUCUAUCGACUGGGCUUUGGCCACGCGCUUGUGGGGUACCUCAAUGCGCUGACGCCCACCACCCUUCACGUCGCACGCCGCGUUCUCUUGCCCGUGUACGACGUCGUGGUGCAGCACGCGCCGGGUGGCGUGCUGACAGAGCUCCUUCGACAGCUUGUUCUCGUGCACCUGGCCUCGGUGCCCCCCGUCCAUCGCCCUGACUGGGCUUUGGCCGCGCCAGCACUGCCGUGUCAUUGCGCCAUGUGCUCGGACGUCCACGCGUUCCUGGCCUCGCCCACGCGAGGCGCGUGGGAGGCCUGCGUCGACCACGUCUGCGUGCAACUCGAUGGCUACUUGCGCUUUGCGGCCGUCGCUCUGGCUUCGCUCGGUGUGCUCGUCACAACACAUGACGCUCGUCUUUUGCUGCAGAAACACCGCUACCAUGACGUGGCAGCGUACGAAGCCGACGUUGCAACGAUCGCACGCUUGUCGGAAGCGGCCCCUGUCAAAUAAACCGAUAUUAACAGUCUAUGUCAUCGCAAGAAGCGUGUACGGUACACUGUUGCAUGGUGGCCCUUUGUCGCAGCCGACCAGGGGUCCCAUGAGGUGCU